AAAAGAGCUUUUUAACAACAAGAUCAGUAAAACUUCAGAUGGUUACACUGCAGACCAAGUAGUCUACAAGUGGUCAUCAGGAUCGCCAGAUGCGCUUAAAUUGCACAAAAUCCGACUUCCAGACUUUACUAUCAAGGAAGCAUAUGUUACAAAUCAAAUGGAAGCUUAUGCGACAGGAAACUAUUCGCGAUUAUAUGUUUGUUUCGUGUUCUCACGUUCGUCUGGAUUUUGUUUUCUGCAACUAAUCAUUCCAUCCACGGCCGUGGUCAUAACCUCAUGGGUGUCGCUUUGGAUGGAAAGCGAAACGGAGUUCCAAGACAUGAUCUCCAUCAUUCUCGCUAUCACCUUUUUGAUUUUUUCUUACAAUGAAAUGAUGCCACGGGUCAGCUAUAUUAAGGCGAUGGACAUUUAUCUAGGAGUGUGUUUCAUGAUUGUAUUCCUAUCUCUGAUAAAAUUAGCAUUUGUGAAGUACAUGAGGCAGAAAAUUAAGAUUGAAAGGUACGAGCUUUGA